AUGUGGUUUUCCCUUCUUUCUUUUGUCAUUUUAUCAGUGAAUCUUGUACAGCACCUUAGUGCUAUCAGCAGUCCAAUUCCACCAUAUACCAAUUACACUUAUGCCACGGAACUGCUACCUGAUCUUGCCGAUCUUUGGUGGUCGAUCGAUGAUCUUCGAAAGGAAAUCACUUUUGAAUUUCACAUCAAAACAACUGGCUGGAUUGCACUUGGCAUCAGCCCCGCUGGUGGUAUGAUUGGUGCUGAUAUCGGUUUGGGAUGGAUCGAUCAAUCAGGUCAACUGCAUUUUGAAGAUCGAUAUGCAUACGGAUUUUACCAGCCAAUGGUAGAUAAUACAACACAAGAUUGGUUCGGAUUGCAAGGUCACGAAGUGAACGGAUGGACAGCCAUUCAGUUCAAACGACUGUUAGACACUUGUGAUAUCAUGGACUAUCCCAUUAAAGUAUGCUUCUAUCCUGUUAUAAUUGAUGGAAAAGCGACUAUUAAAUAUCAUGGCGAUCGUCGAUAUACUCGAGCAAUUCCACUGCAAUCAUAUGCAAAUCCACCACCAGAGAGCAAAUUUGCUGACCUCGACUAUUUUGAUUUUCAAUUGCACAAUUAUUCAGUACCAUCGAAUGAGACGACCUAUCACUGUACGGUCUACAAAGUACCGGCUAAGUUUCCUAAACGAAGGCAUGCCAUUGCUCAUAAAGCUAUCAUUGAUCCAGCCAAUAUCGAUAUUGUUCAUCAUAUGUUGAUGUAUGAAUGCAAUCCAUCAGCUAUCUUCGAUGAUGAAAAUUUGCCUUCUGGUAUAUGUGACGAUCUUGGCGAAGUUCUUAUACCUUGCACAUCCAAUAUCGCCACUGGAUGGGCUGUUGGUGGAGAUUAUAUCAAUGAGUUUCCUGACGUAGCUGGAUAUCCUGUUGGAGGUGAUUUUGAAAUCAAAUAUUAUGUGGUUCAAAUGCACUAUAAUAAUAUACAUCAAAUGUCAAAUCGUACGGAUAGUUCUGUGGGUCAAGAUUCAGAUGCCACUGCUAUUGCCAUUCCACCCUAUGAUGAUCGUUUAGUCAUCGAUUCUUAUUGUCCUGCUCUGGUCACUCAAAAUAUUCCACCGACGGGCAUUACUGUGGUUGCAGCAUUUCCACAUACUCAUCUUCAAGGUACUUAA